GAGUCUGUGCCCAAGCUGAAGAGACCAAGGGCUAGAGUUGGGCCUGAUAAGCAAGCUCCUGUGGGACCGACGGGCUGAGACUGUGAAGUUCUGGCACCAUGUCCUCGGCACAGGAAAGGAAAACUCUCCCUCAUACUCUUCUGCUUCUCUUCCUAAGCUUCCAGUUCCUCAUCACUCCUGUUUCGAAGGCCGAUGAGGAAACGGCCGCCUCUGUUUAUUUCCUUCCCACAGUGGAGUUUGCUGUGGAGACGUUCAACCGGAAAAGUCAGGAGGAAUACGCCUACAGGGUAGAACAUAUCCUGAGUUCCUGGGAGGAGAAGGUGGAUUUUCCAGCUGUUUACUCCAUGAAGCUUCAGAUGCGUAGAACCAUGUGCAAGAAAUUUGAGGAAAGUCUCGACACUUGCCCCUUUCAGCAGAGCAACAGUCCGAAUAAUACCUUCACCUGCCUGUUCACUGUUGGUACCUUUCCCUGGGUAACAGAAUUCAAGCUCUACAAGCAUGAGUGCUCAUAGUUCCUCAGGUUGGAGUCAUCAUGGGCUGGUCCUUCUUUCGCUUCUUUCUGCAUUCAUGGAGCAGUUAUCCUUGGCAGGGCCUCCAUGAGCUCAUGUUGCUUGUUUUACAACAUUGUGUAGUGUCAAGACUGAGUAUGUGGAUAAUAACCAACAAAAUUUCAUAUGGCUCUUGUUUCAUCAUUUAGAAUAGCUCAUUAAAUAUUGCAUUUCUGACAA